AUGGCGAAUUUCUCCCCAUCAUUUGCUGUCCCCGUGCAGCAGUUUUCGGAUCCUGCUAUACCAUCGUCCAUGGCCAACAUCCUCAUCCUCAUCGACAUCCUCAUCGACAUCAAAAUCAAAACCAUCAUCAGACGGGUACAUCAGCAACAAUACCUUCAAUGCCAGAACAAUGCUCAUAUUAGAAAUGAGGAUGAAGUGUUGGAGAAUUUGCUGAAGGAUCCGGGGUAUUGGCCUGAUGAUGGCGAGAAGGUGGUGAAGAGUUUGGAUGUGGAUCUUUCGAGGUUGUUUGGGGAGGGGGAGGAGUUGGGGGUGGGGAUGGACAUGGAGGAUUUGUUGAAUGGGGAGUGUUAUGAUGAGGAUGCGGAGGUGAAGGGGAGUUAG